GUAAUGGUAGCCUUGCGAGUCCAGUGGAGGGAGCGAGCGAAGGCGGCGGAGGAGUGGUCAGUGAGGCCGCCCACCGUCCAGCCCGCCUCGCCUGCCUCCGUGGGCGCCGGUCCACCCACUCCGCCGUCCCACUUGGACCCGCUCACGCACCUCCACGCGGAGCCGAUAAGGAUUAAGGCGAAGGGUCUCCUCGAACGCAGGGGGUCAAACACCAGCCUGACCUUGGAACUGCCCUCGACCUGCCCGCCGCCAGAGGUCACCUCACCGCCUCGACACUGCACACCGGAGGAGUUUUUGAUGACCGCUGGCAACAGGAUGAGCAGGAGACAGCUGAGGCACUGCUUGAGGGACACGAGGGCACUACAUGCUGAGUUCUGGGAGGUCCCUCUCAACUUGCCUGAUAAGUGUGACGUCCCAGGUUCUGCGGCCAAGAACAGGUAUCGUACUGUGCUGCCUAAUGAAGCCACAAGAGUCAGGCUGGACACUGGAGAUCCUGCGACUGCUUAUAUCAAUGCUAACUACGUGAGGGGCUACGACGGCGAGGAGAAAGCUUACGUGGUCACCCAGGGUCCUUUAGCCAACACCGUGGCUGACCUCUGGGCGCUGGUCAUGCAGGAGAGGUCACCGGCCGUGGUCAUGAUCACCAGACUCAAGGAGAAGAGGAGAGUCAAGUGCGAGCCGUACGUGCCCGCCCUCAGUGCUACGUACGGAGACAUCACGGUCACGGUCAAGCAACUCAUACACAAAAACGGAUAUACGACUCGUCAGCUGUUGCUCCAGCGUCGGGAGGAGGUUCACGAGACGCUGCACUUCUGGUACACCGCCUGGCCCGACCACAAGACUCCCACGGAGCCCGACCAGCUGCUCGCCAUGUCCCUCGAAGUCGACCACACUGGCACCGGAAGCGCCCGCGGCCCCGUGAUUGUGCACUGCUCAGCUGGCAUCGGACGCAGCGGCUGUUUCAUCGCCAUCAGCAUGGCCAUUAACCAGCUGUUGGAAGAAGACUGUGUGGAUAUCCUUGGGAUCUUGUGCCAAAUGAGGCUUGAUAGGGGCGGAAUGGUCCAGACCGGAGAGCAGUACGAGUUCAUUCACCGUGCAGUGGCGCUGUACGAGUCCACGCUGCCAGCCGUAUGUGUGAACAAGUGAUGCACGCCCUCUGACAGCUACCAUGCCCUCCCCAUGAACAUUUCAUGACCUCCCCCACCACGGAGUAUCUGUGGGGGCCACGGACACUACUGCCCAGGGGCUUCUGUGGGGUGGAAAAGCCGACUCGCCAGGCAGUCUCUGCAAGGGCCUCACUGUCCGUGCUGUCAUGCCAUGUACAACAGC